AUGGCAACGACGUCAUCGCCUCUUAUGGAUCGAUUGAACCAUGUCGCUCUAAGGGCCUCGAAUAUGCCGUUGACAUCGCCUGCUUCGCAAACUCCCAUGGAAUAUCAGCUGGAAUCCCUAGAACCUCGACCAGCAUCUGACAAGGCUAGUAUUUCCGAGCAUGUAUCCUCAACUGUCGAAUUGCACGCUACAGAAGUGCCCGUACACUCUGCGAACCGACCAGAUGACCCGGCUGGGUCCUACUCCAAGCGAAAGCCUAGACCUAUGUUCGCCGGUCCCCCACCACCUAUUACCUCGUCAAUGCCUACCUCCUCGCGCCAAUCUAGCCCGAUGCCAAUCAGCCGUGAACGAGGAUGGAAAACCAACGGGAUAGCGCGAACGCUGGGAAGAAGCAUUGCUCAAGCUAUGUUUGAUCACAAGACAAGACGGGAUACGCCAUAUAAUCUACAGCCCGAUAGCAUCUGGCGUAGCCUUCGAUACCGCAAGAGGGCUUUGGAAACUGAUAUUCAGCGACUGCUGGACUCCCAGGUUGCAGGAUUAAUGUCCGGGAGCCAAUACGAAAACUCCUCAUUGGCUGGCAGAGACUUUGGCGUACACAGAGAUACAGGAAGCAGCACACCAACAGGCACAUUUUACUCCACAACAACAUCGAGUCGGACGUCGAGGAGCCUGUACAUGCCUCUAACAUCCACAGAAGAAGGCAAUAUCAUACCAGUGCGGCAACCCGCCAACAAUCGAUCAUUGGGGCUUAGGUCUGCUCGAAAUGGCUUGCGUAGAGCAAUACUAUCUUUAGUUGAGCUUCAUGAGGAAGAAAUCGACAAAAUUGACACAGCAAUAGAGGAACGACAGAGCGCACUUGCACAACUGAACAGACUUGGAACAAGACGGCUGGGCAUACAGGCAAAGCUGACGUCGGUAGAUGAUGAUCCAAAUGAGCCAUUGGGGAGACAGUUACGGGAACUGGAUGCAAGAUACAAAUCUGUGCAGGAAGAGAUCGGCACGCUUGAAGAAAAGCUUAUGAGCCUCCGAAAUCAACGACGAUGGCUUCGGGAGAAGAUGGACGAUGCCAAGGGCAAAAGAGACGCAGGCUUAAGCGGAUACCGCGGUGCUUUGAGGGAUGUAGAUUCAGAACUUGCGCUUCUUGUGCGACGACCUGCAUUCCUACCUCUCGAUCCGGCUGUAUUUGGUACGGAUGGCGGCGCCUUAUGUGAGGAUAUUGCUUUGUCGGGGGGCCUCGAUUUCUUUUGUCUCAUUCCUGAACGCCGCACACCAGAGAUGGCCGAGUCAUGGUGGGAAGCUGAACUCAGGAUCCUAAAGAAGCAAAGAACACAAGUUUAUAAUGAUCGUCAAGCGCUGGCGAAGGGCGCUGUUUUAUGGGAACACGUUGUUGCUUUGGUCUCAGGUUUUGAAGACGAGUUACGAGGCGCGUUGAAUGACGGCAUUAGAUCGACGGCGCUGACUUCUGUUAAGGGCAAAGAGAAUGCAAUUCCGGAAAGGGAUCUCAUACAGACCCAGUUGAUAACUCUGAAUAGAGUUCUUCAAGAACUAGAGGGGGCGAUGAGACAAGCUGAGUCGCAAAGUUGGAAUCUCCUUAUUUGUGCUAUUGGUGCCGAGUUGGAGGCAUUCAGAGAGGGUCAAAGUGUCCUCGAGGGUCUGUUGACUUUGUCAAAUAUGGAGCCAGACGAUGCGAACCAGAGCAUACAAACUAGGCGGGCUUCCAGAGCCACUGACCACCAUGGACAAUUGGAGGGAGACAGUGACAAUGCCGGCCGGCCUGAUUUGCUCCCACCCAACGUCGAAGGUGCUGGCCAGUCCAGCACGAAUAAAUCACGUCAAGAUAAAUCUAGGUGUGCGGAUACGAGUGUCGACAGGCCCCAGAGCCAGGACAGUGAAAAUGAAGUACCGCUUGAGUUUCUGGCAGAGCAUGAUUGA